AUGGCUGAGGUUUCCCUGAGCGAUCGGUACGUUCUACUUUUGAACGAUGUAGUAAACGAGAAUAAGGCAGUGAGGGAAAAGCUUGAGCAGACGAGUGCGUCAACAACGAUUGAUCAAAGGGCGCUCAAGGAUUUGGCGAACAAAGUUGACAACUUGGAUGCCAAGAUAUCCAAGUUAGCAGAACGUGGAAGGCCUGUUCGGCAAACUGGUGGUGCCAGAAUACAAGUGCCAAAAAUGUGUAGUGUAAGUACGUGUUUAUAUUUUUAAUCCUGUUUUAGGUAUAGUACGGUCUUGGUAAUGGCAGCAUGAGACAGCAAACGAACAUUCCGUUUGUACACGUACUGUAUAGGUGGGUUUCAUUAGGCAUUUUACAUAGGGAAACCCUUGGUGGUCAACUUUACACGUAUUGACGCUUUAUAUGCCUUGUAGGAGCAAGCAAAUGACGCCAAAUUACAUGUAUUUGCCACCAAACACAAGGUCAAUAAACAUAGUGUCCAAUUUACUCACUCCGAUAAGAUAAAUAAAUCUCCUUUUAGAGUUGACCCACCUAUACUAUGUUUUAUGUUCAGUUGUUUCACAGGUCAUAAUAACUCAUAUUACUUUAUAAACAGAGCUCUCUUAAAGCUGCCAGUCUGCCAUGCAUACCUAAACAAGGAUAAUAACUUGGCAUAUAUAUACAGUGUACUUUAUAACAUUCAACAUGACAUAUGUCUAUGAAUACAAUAUACUAGCUGGUUAAUGUACGGUAGACUAUAUCUAUUCAUAUCUCUGCAGACUGGCAAGCUAUCUCUGCACAGACUGACAAACUAGCCGGUUGUUAAUGAGGCCUGCUCUAUCCCUAUUUAGUAUAAUUUCAGUGUUAAAAAAUAAACUUUGAGCAUUCUGAUUGAUUCACUCAGCAGUAACUCUGAGGCAAUAGUUUCUGCUGUGAGCAGUAACUAUUCCUUUUCCCAAAAAAAAUAAGCACGUUUGAUCACCACGCAUGAUAGUGAUUAUGUACCAGUUGUAUUUAUAAAUAAAACUUUUUCAAUACUGAAUUUAUACUAAAACAAUCAGUCGCCUCAGGCUCUGUGAUUACAAGCCUAUAUUCACUUUGCGUUCGGCUCAGUACCAAAACCAGUACAUAAGAUAAUAAUUACCUGUAACAUAAUAUUAUGAAUAUACAGUAUACCUAAUAUACAAUAUUACCACAAUCUUUUUCUGUGUUGGUGUUAUGUACUCAGGUGAAUAUGAUGUUUGUGAUGUUACUCUGAGUAUAUAUCCACACCGAGCAAGCUUGAAAAAUAUGCCUGGCCAUGGUGGGAAUCGAACCUAUGACCUUUGGAACUGACCGCGUAGCUCAGUUGGCAGAGCAUUGGGCUAUGUAUGUUCGACUCCGACCGUGGCCAGGCAUGUUUUUCAAGCUUGCCCGGUGUAGACAUAUACUCAGAGUAGCAUCACAAACAUCAUACUCACCUGAGUACAUAACACCAACACAGAAAAAAAUCAUGAUUACUAGAUUGCAUUAAUAUCGAAGGAACUAGACUCAGUUCCGAAAUAUCACAUACUCGAACCGAACCGACCACGUAGCUCAGUUGGCAGAGCAUUGGGCUAGUAUUCCAAAGGUCGUAGGUUCGAUUCCCACCGUGGCCAGGCAUAUUUUUCAAGCUUGCCUGGUGUGGAUAUAUACUCAGAGUAUAACAUCACAAACAUCAUAUUACCACAAAUCGUUGUAUAUAUUGUAAUGCAACCAAAGCUAGGGGUGCACCGGAACCAAUUUUUUAAGUUCUGGCGUACAUUUUCCUUGUGUAGUCCUAAUUUCCUCCUACGAUGCGAUCUGUUCAUUCUUUAUGAUUGAUACUAUUCAAUCAAUAAACUUGAUACUCUAUGUCUCUGAAAACGAUGUCCAGAGUUCUGGUUCCGACCAUGCUCUUUUUUUAUUAGUUCCGGCCGGAACUCUGAAAAAUCGGGGUUCUGGCCCGAACUAACUGGCUGGAACUGAGUUCCGGUGCACCCCUAACCUAAGCCAAUGCCAAGAAUAAUAACCAGUGUACUGUAUGAAAGCCAUUUGCCUUGCAGGCCAUUUCUAGGAUCAUGCAUUUGUGUCUGAGAUUUAUUAGUGCACCAGAGCCCUUGGAUAAUUAUUAUUUAUUUCACCCAUAAACAAUAGUAUUUACAGGUUACAGUAUAAACAAUUUUUAGAUAAUCUAAAUUAAAGUUUGGGCUAGUAAUUAUAAUACAUGUUUCGGAAUUUAAAUUUCAAAUCACUGUAUUUACUAUAAUUAUAAUAAAUAGCAAUGAAAUUCAAAUAUAUUCAAAUGAGUUCACUAAUCCCCGUGACAAUAUGCCCGGCAUAUUUUCAAAAUACUCAUUAAAUGCUUGGCAGUAUAGAAUUUUGUAGUUUUCUUAGAUUAAACCCCCCUACAAAACCUUACCCAAAACCUAAGCCUAAAUUCAACUUCCAUCAACCUAACCCUAGAAUGUGAAAAGGAGUCAGAAAAACAGUUUGAAGUCAUUGAAUAAAAGUUAUUGAACCAGACUCCAAUCCGCGACAUGCGGGCCAGCCAUUGUAGGCAUUUACUAAAUACUGUGUAUUGUAUGUACUGUACACAUGCACAAUAUUGUUUUAGACAAUAAUGCACUGCUAAAAAUAUUUGAGAUCCUGUGACAAUACUAUAUGCAUGUAAUAUUGGGUGAUACUCGGUGACAUUGGGGUCCAGAGUAAGCCUUUAAUGCAGGCUAGCCAAAAUGGCAAAAUUCCUUGCCUCCAUGUGAACAAAUAAUAAGCACUCCCUUACAAUAAAAAAGACCAUGUUGAAUAACCUGGAGUAGACAUGGUAUCGAUGGGAAAUUUACAUAUUAUGUAGAGUCCACAGCUGACAUGCUUACAUGUUGCAGGAACAAAUCUUUUUGUCUGAUUUUAAUGCUUUCUAAUUUUCAGGUUAGAACAUUUUAAUAUUUUGAUUGUUCAGUACAAUCAUACUAUUCUUAUUAUCAUAGGGAUUACAGCUUUUAAAGUGGUGUUUUCCAAUACUAAUUUUAGAAUGAUGUUCGUCGUAAAAUAAAAAUUCUAUCGGAAUCACUGGAUGAUGAAGUUGCUCUCAACAUUAACGAAAGGUAGUUAUAUCAUACCAAGAUAUGCUUUUUGUGGAAACACCACAUAUUGUAAAUUACCUUUAAAAACUCAAUAAUUCAUAAAGAAAAGACAAAGGAAAUCACUAGCAUGUCGGUGGUUUUAUAUAGAUCUGUUCGUAUAGCUUUGGUUUUCUCGACUUAGACAACGUUUAUUUUUAAAAUUACUUCGCUAAUAAACUCGUAAGAUGGGUCGUUUUUUAAGCCAUUUAAAACACUCGCAGUCCGUGCUUUAUCAGAUAUAAAACUCUCGGCUGUCGCCUCGAGUUUUAUAUCCGAUAAAGCAAUCCUGCUCGUAUUUUAAAUAGUACUUACAGGGUGCGAUAAUUCGCGUACUUACGUACCGGAGGUACGCCAAUAUUACGUUCUGGUACGUCUUUGUUUUCAGCCAGGUACCACGUAGGUACGCGGACCUCUCACUAUUUGCGUACUUACAUUUUGCUGGUACCAAAAUUAUUGGACUGAUGGGACUAAGGCUAAGGAACGAGUCGAUUCUAGUGUUUGUGUAUGUAGUUGUCGUCCUUCUUGUUCUAACUCGUGGUUUCAGGUUACUGAAUUAAUACCUUUCAGAAACCUGUACUUUAUGUACUUCAUUUUACAGACUAAGUACAUCAUCUCAAGUACGCGGCAAUAAUCAUUGGAGUACCAGUCAAGUACGACUAAAAAUCUUGAAUUGUCGCACACUGCCUUACCCAAAGCUUUCGAUCUGUAAGCCCGGAUCAUGGUCAGUGGAAAUAGAUUAUCAAUACUACAAUGUUACUAAUAAUAACAACAAAAACCCUUCAAACAGCCUCGUAAUUGGCCUAUUUUUGCCUCGGCAAAAUUGGGGAUUUUUUGCCGGGGCAAGUAAGAACAUUCUGAAUAUGCCUCGGCAUUUAGUUCGGCAAUUGCCGAGGCAAAUUACGAAGGCUGUCAAACAACUUACAGUAUAUAUUAGUUAUACUUUGCUGGUAUGAUACAGUCCUGUGCUGGUGCUUUAUAAUAGAUAAGCUAAUUUGGGAUUCAAAGUCACUUUAAUUACGUUCAUGCAUGUAAUCUGUAUUUUUCUCAUUUUAGUUCUGAAUCAAACCAUAAUCUUGCCGUUUGCCAGCAGUUGACAAAUGAACUAUUUUUGGAGUAUGGUGGACAAGAAAAAUGUCCUUGGACAUGCAUUCAAAUAAAAGGUAUACAGAAUAGAGCUAAGUAUAAUAAUUAAGCCGCCACACUGUUUCCUUAAUUUUUGUUUUACUGAUGCCAGACAAUUUUACCAAUCUUCUCACAAUCUUCUUGACAUAAAGUUUCACGAAGGCGAGCCAGAGGGGUCAGCAUUGCAUUGCUUACACUUUUUUACAAGAACCAGUACAAUUUUGCCAAGGCUCAGUGUUCUUAUUUUUUGACCAAUUUCAAGCUCCAAAUCUUAUUGGUUCUUAUCGGUUCUUAUCUUACACUCGCUUUAAGAACAAAAAACCUGACAGAAAGUUAAAUUAAAUGUAUCAUUACGGUAGAACUUAUCCUUGACACUGGAAAAAAAUUUGAAAAUCCAUAGAAGUCCAUAGAAUGGAAAUUGUAUGGACCUUUUUUGGAAAUAGAAUGGAUUUUGAUUAUCCAUAAUAAUUGUAUAUUUCCAUACUAUGGAUAUAAUAUCGAAAUAGUAUGGAUAUAUUAUGGAUUUAGUGGUACAAUUGUAAAUUUCAUAGUAUGGAUUACACAUUUUUUUCCCAGUGUGAAGGGCAUAAAUGAAGGGAGUCUUAUUAUAUUUUUCGACUUGUGUGUCACUGACGGUAAAAUGUUCAUUUUUCUCAGCCUGAAUUUGUUCCUAUUGUCUAUUUUGUUUAAUUUUUUGCCAAUUUCGGCCUCAGUGUUCUUAUUAAGAGUGUUCUUAUCUUAAAAGUGUAUUUGUAUCACCCAUGGGUAUAUGCUCAUGGUUCAAAUGUUUUGUUAACAACUGAAUCGAAUAUUAAAACCUGUCAAAACACAAUGCAAGUUCCACAGCGAAUUUGUAACGUUUAUAUUUGUGUUUAUCUUUACCUAAAAGAAACAUUUUUUUACUUUUAGCGGCAUUUAAGACUUAUAUGAAGUCCAAAAAGGCGCAUGCUAAAAGAACACUCGAUGGAACUAAUGCGGCACAUGUGAAGAAAUGUCGUCGAUCCAACAGAAAAAGAGAGGUAACAAAUUAAAUGACAGUACAAUUUUAUGGUGCGUACAAAGAAUUAAAGCGUGGGUUCUGCAAUAUAAUUAAACUACCAUAUACAUGCAGGGAAGCGAAGUUAAGGCCCUGUCACACUAUUGGCGUAUCGUAUAGCGCAUGCCAGCGUAUGAAAAAUAUUACUCAUACGCUGGAAAACGCUGACAUACGUUUGGGGUACGUUAGGAAUAUAGGUUGUAUACUUUUCAAGCACGGUCGGCUGGCAUACGGCGAGGCAGAAACUUUUUUUAAGCAUGCUUAAAAAUUUUGUGCGUAUUCGGACGUAUGGUUUAUUCGAUAAGCAUACUCUACGCACACGCUGAAUACACUAUAGAGGUACGCCAAAUGUACGGUACUCAUACGCUGGCAUUUCAAAGGAUUUUUGUGCGUAUAUGAAAAUUAUUUCAUUCAUUUUCAUACGCUUCUCAUACUUUCUCUCAUACGCAAUAGUGUGACAGGGCCUUUAACGAUCUGGACAUUUCACACCUUUAUUUACGUUUAAAAGUUGUAUUUUGCGGCUGUCGCUUCAAACUUCCUGGUAUAAUCCUAAAUUGUAAUUUGCAGUUCGAACAUUUUAACCAUUUGGAAACCAAACGUACAGCAAAGUGAAAAAGUGUCCUCGGUUAACGGGAUGUUUAACCCAAAAUUUGAAAGUGGGAAUAAACAAUUAACCAAAGAAAAUUUUUCUUUUCGUAGAAAUUAGGAAGACGUCUUUCGAGUUUGAACAGUAAAGAUUGGACGCCUGAGCGAAAAGCGAAGGUAGCUGCUGUCCUUACUCUGGACUAUAUUUCCAGCGACGAAAGUGAUGCGGACGAGGAAGGGAAAACUGUUUACGCUGUUAAAACGUUGCCUGGGCAAAGUCAGAAUUUGAAGAAUAAGAAAAAGAGCCUGGACAAACACCAUAUGGAGUCUCUUCCAGCGUUGGUGAGGCGUAGGCUAUACCUUCGAAAAAAAGGUGGCGUGUCGCUUCGCCCUAAGCCCACCGAUUGCCCGGAUUGGGCUUGCAAAGACGACUGAAAACUUUGUUAGUAAAAUAUCUAGGAUAAAAACGUUCAAGGGAAGCACUUAUGUCAGCGGUAUUUAUUCACAAUAACACGGUUUUCAAUUGCACUGUAGAUUUCACCUUUAAAUACUCUAUACACUACACUACGCAGUAUAUAAAGCAAUAGUCCUGAUCAUGACUACAAUCUAGUGGAAACGUAGAAAUAAAGAAUUUCAAAAUGUUUACUAUUUUCGGAGUAACUAUUGCUUUGUAUAGGUACAGUAUUUUAUCAAAAUACUACAGUUAAUGUAUUUUAUCAAAAUACUUGGUGGUUCCCGUAUAAUACGGUAUAUAUUAUUACCACUUGACUCAUGACACAUCAAGAUAUUCACAGUUUUGGUCUACAUCAGACUGUAACUGAAUUAAAGUAAAAUAUAUACCUUUGGAAUAUACAACGUGAGAGCUAUAGAUAGUCUUAGAUAGACUAUUACUGUAACCACUGAGUGUUUUGAUAAAAUACAAAACAACUGUAACUGCGAAAAGGAAUAUUUUAGUUAUGUCGCCGAGCAUUCGACUAAGUUCUUUCUAAUCAUCAGACUCAUGAACAUUUCAAUUAUAAUGAUUAGCUUUCAACUAAGUUCUAAUCAUAUAAUAUAUAUAUAUAUAAUAUAUAUAUAUAUAUAUAUAUAUAUAUAUAUAUAUAUAUAUAUAUAUAUAUAUAUAUAUAUAUAUAUAUAUAUAUAUAUAUAUAUAUACUGUAUAUACUGUAUAUACGUAUUUUUCAAAUGUACAAUGUUUUACUAUAUACAUGCAUUGCGUGUUAAUGAUUUAUAAUAAUAAUAGGCACUUAUUAAAAUUACAAAUUACAGUUAAUUAAUAUACACCAUUUAUCUGUGUCUUUUUUUACUUGUUUGGCAAUAUCUGUGUUGAGUUUACUGCUAAUAAUUAAAAUAAAACAAUUUCGACGUUUCAGACAAUUAGUCGAACUUAUUUGUUUGUUUUAUUGCAUGACAUUGCAGUGAGCACUGGCACUGCCAAUAAUACCGAAGAUAACCCCCAUGAUAAAGCGAGAAAUCUGGAUUGUAUUCACGUGACACCUUUAAAGCAUUUAAUAUGAAGAUUAAAUGCUGUAAAGAUUAAAUUAUGUAAGUUGACAUAAACUGCUGCUUUAAUUGUAUCAGUAAAGCAGUGUAAACACAUCUUUAAAUUACAUAUACCAUUUCUUUACAUCAACCAUUAAAGAGACCUUUUAAAGCAAGAAAUCUGGAUUUCAUUCACGUGACGCCUUUACAAAAUUUACUAUGAAGAUUAAAUGUGGUAAAGGUAAACUGACAUAAACUGUUGCUUUAAUAGUAUCAGUAAAGCAGUGUAAACCUAUCUUUAAAUUAGAUAUACCAUUUCUUUACACAAACCAGUAAAGAUACCUUUACAGUUAUUUAAGCAACAUAUAACGCGAAAUCGUAAAGCCUCCACUGCGCCGCUUUAAUUGCCAGGCUUAAAGCGAUGUAUACGUACCUUUACAAAAUAUAAUCCUGCAGAUUAAAUGUCAUUAUAGGCACCAUUAAUAUGCCUUUAAGAUCCCUUUAAUCUGAUUUGUAUUUCUAAUUUCGUCCUGUGUACUGAGAGUAUAUAUAGGCUGCAUGUAUAUAUAUAUAUAUAUAUAUAUAUAUAUAUAUAUAUAUAUAUAUAUAUAUAUAUAUAUAUAUAUAUAUAUAUAUAUAUAUAUAUAUAAAGUGCCGCAUUUGUCCUGUUUCCUUCAGGUUAUAGAAUCUGUUACAAAGCUUGCCCGGGAUGAACCCAUCUUGUGGGGAUUGACCGGAUGCGAGUAACUGGCGCAAACCGUUUUCAACUAUAAUAAAAUGGCAUAGAGUGCUCGAAUAGCACGGCAAGUACUUUCUGCAUAAUGCACUAUGAGCUAUAUAUCAUGGUAUUUUUUGUCAAGUGUUUGUUUCACUUACGACAUAUCACUGUUUAACUCAAUUACCUCGUAUUCCUUCUACUCGCGAGUUACUAAAUUACUGUCACAUAUAGUUUAGCUGCAGGCCUUGUGACCCUGCGUGGACGCUUAAAAGGAAAGAAUACAUAAAAAUACAAUAAUAAAAUACAUAUAUUGACAGAAUACAAUAAUAGAAUACAAUAAUAGAAUACAAUAAUAGAAUACAUAUGUUGACAUUUAUAUGGCAUGCAACAUGAAUAAACAUGUAUGAAUAAUUGAUCACGGCAUCACGCGUCACUGUCCCUGAACAAGGUUACCUGUCAUGCGCUGUUUAGUCUACUUUUCUCUAUAAAUAUAGGCGUCCUUGCUCGGUGGAUCCAGAGUUUCUAAGAACGAUUGAUACUCUGAUAUGCCUAGAAGCAGGAAACGUAAACGACGCCCGAAUACGGCUUCAAACCCGCUGUUCGUUCAUGAGUUAAAUUAUGGAGAUUAUGUAAUGGCUGAGUAAAUAAAAUCUUAAAAUCCUUGUGUGUGUGUAUUCUUUCCUUUUAAGCGUCCAUGCAGGGUCACAAGGCCUGCAGCUAAACUAUAUGUGACAGUAGUUUAGUAACUCGCGAGUGGAAGGAAUACGGGGUAAUUGAGUUAAACAGUGAUAUGUCGUAAGUGAAACAAACACUUGACAAAAAAUACCAUGAUAUAUAUAUAUAUAUAUAUAUAUAUAUAUAUAUAUAUAUAUAUAUAUAUAUAUAUAUAUAUAUAUAUAUAUAUAUAUAUAUAUAUAUAUAUAUAUAUAUAUAUAUAUACUGUUAGGGCGAUCAGUGGAUAACAUGAUAUUUUUGUAAAAGUUUGUAACUGAUCUAUUAAAAAUCUUCAAUAAAAACAUACUCAAUUUUCGGCUGCCAACUGCAGCCUUCUUCAGAGUAUUUUGGCCGUGUUCGAUUAGUUCAAGUCCUUUUAUGCCUUAUCCCGUUACACUCAAUUGAUUCUAACAAUGGUAAAUACGAAACCGGAAAUUCUAUGUGCUCAUUGACUGCAUUUUUGUCUAGUACAGAAUGUAACGCUUCAAGAAACCUUCUUUUGUCAUAGUUUUUAAUGCCUUUUUCCAAAAUAUUUACGUCAGUUUUAGCGACUUCAUGACCUGUCUGUUCAGCAUCUGUUCUUUUUGUUCUUUUUGUCUGUUCUUUUUGUUCAUGGCACACACACCGACAAGUAUCUAGAUUUUGGCUCGCAUUGCCCUGUAAGAGACAAGAUCGCAGUUGUAAAAUCAUUAUUAGACCGAGCGAGAGUUAUUCCAUCAAACCAAGUUUUACAGAAGGAGGAAACGGAUAGAGUAGCAGAAGUGUUAGAGUUAAAUGGAUACAAGAAAGCGUUUAUUGAUGUUAGAAAUACAAACAAAACACAACAAAAUUCUUCGGAAUUUGAGAUUCGUGGCUCGACGUGCAUUCCGUAUGUGAAAGGUGUGUCGGAAAAAAGUCAAAAACAUCUUAACUCGAGCAGGCGUUCGGACAGCAUUCAAGCCGAUAGUCACGUUAGAGAAUGUAUUCAAAAAACCAAAAGAAAGACCACAGGAAAUGCGAACAAAAGCUAUUGUGUACAAAUUCAAAUGCGAGUCGUGCUCAUUCACUUAUGUCGGGGAGUCGAAAAGAUGUUGGUGUUCCCGAUGGCUUGAACACAAACCAGGCGUAAGAAAAAAGACUUUUUCAGCUAUAAAAGAACAUGCUGAACAGACAGGUCAUGAAGUCGCUAAAACUGACGUAAAUAUUUUGGAAAAAGGCAUUAAAAACUAUGACAAAAGAAGGUUUCUUGAAGCGUUACAUUCUGUACUAGACAAAAAUGCAGUCAAUGAACACAUAGAAUUUCCGGUUUCGUAUUUACCAUUGUUAGAAUCAAUUGAGUGUAACGGGAUAAGGCAUAAAAGGACUUUAACUAAUCGAACACGGCCAAAAUACUCUGAAGAAGGCUGCAGUUGGCAGCCGAAAAUUUAGUAUGUUUUUAUUGAAGAUUUUUAAUAGAUCAGUUUCAAACUUUUACAAAAAUAUCAUAUAUAGAUAUAUAUAUAUAUAUAUAUAUAUAUAUAUAUAUAUAUAUAUAUAUAUAUAUAUAUAUAUAUAUAUAUAUAUAUAUAUAUAUAUAUAUAUAUUCGCUGGUAUACGGCUAAUAAAUGUCUCACUUUUAAUGGGUCUAAGAGUGAGGAUUUAAAGAUCAAAAUACGUGCAAUUAUUGAAGAAAAUCCCGAAGAACCUGAGAGUGAUGAGAGCGAAGUUCAGGUCAGUGACAGUGUCGAAGAUACGUUUCCAACUGAGAACAAUAUGGCGGUAGAAGAAAGCACCGACAAUCAUCCAAACCUUACUUUACUAAACGGCGCUUCUAUACUCUGCACGACUGAACAUGAUAACAACGUGACCGAAAAGCUAAAAAUGGUGGAAAGCCAAAUGAAUCAGAAGAUUGAAAGACUGGCUUACGAAAUACAGAAGCUGAAGGACAAUAAAGACGCGACUACAUUACACGCCGAAUAG